AUGAAAUGUCUUGCCCAGUUCCCAUCCAUCUUGGCCAUCUAUUGCUUUUGCCUGCUACAAAUUCCUUCCUCAGGAUUUCCUCGACCUUUAGCUGAUGCUUCAGAUGGCCUGGAUAUUGUGAAGUUUGAGCGGAUGGCAUAUUGGGCAAGUCUUUCUAGACAACCUAAGGAUAAUCAAGACAUAUACAAAAGGUUUUUAUUUCACUACUCCAGAACUCAGGAGCCAACACAUCCGGUUAAAACAGGGUCUCCCCCCGUGCACCCUCUAAUGCGUCUGGCAGCCAAGCUUGCUGAUCGAAGGAUGAAGACAUUUUGGCGGCGCGAUUCCAGGGCCACUGCAGCGGAUUUUACCAAAAAGGAUUACACUGCCACCUCGGGAAGACCGUUUUUCCUUUUCAGGCCAAGGAAUGGAAGAAACCUUGCCUUUGACACCUCGUAG